UUGGGAGUAGACCCGAGCUUCCUCCAAUGCCAGGGCGGUUUGUUGGCUUUUUGCUGGACGAUGGCGGACCGCCUCACGCAGUUGCAGGACGCCGUGAACUCGUUAGCAGACCAGUUCUGUAAUGCCAUCGGUGUCUUACAGCAGUGUGCUCCUCCUGCUUCAUUCACAAAUAUUCAGACUGCCAUAAACAAAGACCAGCCAUCUAAUCCAACUGAAGAAUAUGCACAACUUUUUGCUGCACUGAUAGCACGGACUGCAAAAGAUAUUGAUGUACUCGUCGACUCGUUACCGAGUGAAGAAUCAACAGCGGCAUUGCAGGCUGCAAGCUUACGUCAGCUGGAAGAGGAGAACCAUGAGGCUGCAGCUCUACUAGAAGAAGUUGUUUACCGGGGUGACUUGCUGUUGGAGAAGAUACAGAGUGCGCUAGCAGACAUUGCCCAGUCCCAGCUUGGGACAAGAAGCAGUGGCCGCUCUCAGCACGUCUCUGAAUCCUAGCAGCCGGAGGCACUGUUCUACUCAGAAACUGGUGGUGUGAUCUACACUUUGUGCAAAGAUAAUUGCAACAUUUUUAUUUUGUAAGAUGGCACGUAGGGAAAAGAGUUUUGGUAAAAUUGUUAAAACAUCAGCACUGGGGUUUAAAAUUAAUUUUUAUUCCACGAAGCUCAAAAAAAAGUUUUUGGUUUUGAAAGUUAACCUAGAGCUACACAGUUCCAAGUCAGUACGUGUACACUAUGUCUUCCCCUUGCUCUCCCCAUUUUGGUCAGUGCUGAGUUCUUGUAUAAAUUCAAAGGCAUGUGUUGGCCUUUAAAUGACUUGAGUUGCUCCAAUUGCUCUGGGCCCAGGCCUGUGACUGAGCUUGGAUAAACACUGUAUUUCCACAGUGGGUGGCCUUCUAGAUGUUGUGUCCUGUGUUUGGAGACGCAUUGCUAUUCAUUUACUCUGAAACAGUAUCUGGGAAACCAAAUGCUCAAUGUGGCCAGGAGCACAGCUAUUUUAAAAUUGCCGUGUGAUUCUGGGGAGAGGGAGCUCACGAACCCACUGUCAAGAGUUCUGUCUAAUGACCUUCCUGAGCACUAGCUGUGCUAUCAUUGUGAGAUGGGGAGGCCAGGGUGCGGGUGUAUGAGAGUGACAGUGACCCUAAAGACAGUCUACCACCGAGGAGAUUGAAGACAAAAGCCCUGCAUUUUGCAUCCGCAGUGAAAACUGCUUCUGCUGUUGGUGAGAAGAGUAACUCUCUCAGGCUGAAGACCCACAUGUGACAAAAACUGGUGACCUGAGCUGGUCUGAGGUUGCCACAGGGCCGCAUCUCUCUCAGCUACUGGUUUGCUCUUUUGUUUGCGUGCUUUGUGUUUUGUUUAAAGUGGGCUUGCUGAUUAAGUGGGGGCUUUAAUCGGGUUGUAAGUGUGCAUUGGAUGGGAGUGUGCAGCUCUUUGGACUGAUACUUCCUUCACCUUCCCUCACUGUUGUCACGCGGAAGCGUAGUUCCAGUUGGGCUACAUUACCCAGAUGACGAAAGUAUUUAUUUUGUGGUCACAGUGUUGGAAAUAUUUGUGGCACAUUGACAUUUUGUUGAAUACAAGUUAAAUAUUAAAGAAAUUGUGCAAUGCUAUAAAUUA